AUGGACUGGGGUGUUAAUAAUAAUAAUCACUUUAGAAAUUACAAAGAAGACAAUAAUAACUCCAUGAUGAAUUUAGUACUCGUUUCAAAUAUGGAUCCUGUAAAUAUUGGCCUUACAUCUUCAGAAAAGCCAAUUCCCGUUACUUCACUUAAGCCAAGAAAGAAAACAAUGACUUCUGUUUAUUUAAAGUUCUUCGAAACCGCUGCCGAUGGAAAAACUAGAAAAUGCAAGUUUUGUGGACAGACCUAUUCCAUCGCAACCGCCACAGGCAAUUUGGGUAGGCAUCUUGCUAAUCGCCACCCAGGCUAUGAUAAGACUGGGGAAGCUGUCAGCAAUUCAGCGAGUCGGCUUGCUGUCGUGGUCAAAAAGUCCCAGCCUCAAGGAAAGCCGAAUCAGAUUGAUUACGAUCAUCUAAAUUGGUUACUCGUUAGGUGGCUUGUUUUGGCUUCUCUCCCUCCUUCGACUCUAGAAGAGAAGUGGCUUGUGAAUUCGUACAAGUUUCUAAAUCCGUCUAUACAAAUUUGGCCUAGUGACAAGUACGGAUCUGUACUUGACGAGGUUUUCAGAAGCAUGAGGGAAGAUGUAAGAGCGUUGUUAGAACAGGUUUCGUGUAAAUUCUCCAUCACACUUGAUUUCUGGACUUCCUUUGAACAGAUUUUCUUUAUGAGUGUAACGUGUCAAUGGAUUGACGAAAACUGGUGCUUUCAGAAGUUGCUUCUUGACAUUUGUCGCGUACCUUAUCCAUGUGGUGGUGCAGAAAUCUAUCGCUGCGCUGUGAAAGUUCUUAAAUUUUAUAAUAUUGAAAGCAGAGUCCUUUCGUGUACUCACGAUAAUAGCUCAAGUGCCAUGCAUGCCUGCCAUAGUUUGAAAGAGGACUUGGAUGGCCAGAAAAUAGGACCGUUCUGUUACAUUCCCUGCGCUGCUCGAACUUUGAACCUGAUAAUUGACGAUGGAUUGAGAUCUGCAAAACAAGUAAUUUCGAAGAUCAGAGAAUUUGUAAUAGAGUUAAAUGCCUCGCCAGUAAUCUCUGAGGAUUUUAUUCAAAUAUCUACGGCUUAUCAAGAAGGUACUUGGAAAUUUCCUCUCGAUGUUUCAGCAAGGUGGAGUGGAAACUACCAAAUGCUUGAUCUUGUUCACAAGGCUGGUAAAUCCGUGGAUGUGAUUGUUCGUAAACAUGAAGAGACACUAGGCAGUAGGAUACUCCUGAGCUCUUCUGAAAAAAGCGUCGUUAACAUCAUGCAUCAAUAUCUCGAGCCAUUCUACAAAACCACAAACGACAUCUGCACGAGCAAGGUGCUAACGGUUGGGCUUGUCCUUUUCUUCAUGGAUCACAUCUCAGAAACAAUUGCUACCUGCAGAGAAUCCCGCCCGAGCCCAGAAUGGCUAAAAAGUGCUGCAGAAGAAAUGGCUAAAAAGGCUAGAAGUUAUAUUAGUCAAGUUUGCAACAUAUUUACAUAUAUGACAGCUAUUCUAGAUCCUCGAAUAAAGGGAGAGUUGAUCCCUGAUAGUUUAAAUUCGCAAAGUUUUCUGGAUGAAGCAAGGACGCAUUUUAUCAGAAAUUAUUCUGUUAACCAUUUCUCCUCCAUGAGUUCUGGUUACAAUGCUCAAGAAAUUGAAGAUGGAGGAAUUGUUUCCUUUGCCGAAGAAAUAGCUCGCAAAAAGCGUAGGACAAACAUGAGUUCUGCAACUGAUGAGCUUACGCAGUACUUAUCAGAAGCUCCAGCUGCUAUAGUAACGGAUGUCCUAGAGUGGUGGAAGAUAAACAGUACACGCUACCCUCGACUUUCUCUGAUGGCUAGAGAUUUCUUGGCAGUGCAGGCAACUUCAAUAGUGCCCGAAGAACUUUUCUGUGGCAAGGGUGAUGAAAUUGACAAGCAACGAUUCUGUAUGCAGCAUGAUAGCACACAAGCCAUUCUCUGUAUCAAGUCAUGGAUUCAGGUUGGUGUCAAGUUUAAGUUUAAGUCGACUGAGAUAGAUUAUGAGAGAUUGAUGGAACUAGCAGCUGCUUCUGCAACUGAUAAUAGCCCUUCAAGCUCUGAGAAGAAGCCAAAAUAG